ACGAAAAGUGGCUGAAAUACUUACAGUGCUUGUUCAUCGCACUUUUUGGCAAAUACGUUGGGAAGAACCAACACGCUUCUUAUGUAGUGUUCUUACAUAAACAAAUCGCGGAAGGGGGUUGUCAGAUCUUCAUCUAAUCCACCCAAACACAUCAAAUAUAACAAUUUCCCUGUGACCGAGCUGUCCCGAAGUAAGAUAUAAAAAUGGCGGCCACGAAGAGAGCAUGGAAGUUACAGGACUUUGUAGCGCAUUCUGCCAAUGUCAACUGUUUAGCUCUGGGCCCAAAGAGUGGCCGAGUCAUGGUGACUGGAGGGGAAGACAAAAAGGUUAAUAUGUGGGCUGUAGGCAAACCAAACUGUAUCAUGAGUCUGUCAGGUCAUACCUCACCAGUUGAAAGUGUACGGUUUGGUAAUACUGAAGAACUUGUGGCAGCUGGCUCCCAGUCUGGAACAAUAAAAAUAUGGGACUUGGAAGCUGCAAAAAUUGUUCGAACUCUGACCGGUCACAAGUCAAGUAUUCAGACCUUAGAUUUUCAUCCAUAUGGGGAAUUUGUGGCUUCCGGUUCAUUUGACACCAAUGUAAAAUUGUGGGACGUUAGAAGAAAAGGUUGUAUAUAUACAUAUAGAGGGCAUACAAAUCGUAUAAAUAGUGUCAGGUUUAGUCCUGAUGGCAGAUGGGUUGCAUCUGCAGGAGAGGAUGGCCUUGCUAAGCUAUGGGAUUUAGCUGCCGGGAAGCUAAUAAAUGAAUUCAAACACCAUACUGGACCUGUAAAUAAUAUUGAAUUCCAUCCUAAUGAGUUUCUUCUGGCAACAGGAAGUGCAGACAGAACUGUGAAAUUUUGGGAUUUAGAAAACUUUAACCUUGUUGGUACAACAGAUAAAGAAGCUAGUCCAAUCAGGUGUAUACUAUUUCAUCAAGAUGGUAAUGUUUUAUUUAGUGGAGGCCAGGACUCACUACAUGUAUAUAGCUGGGAACCAGUCAAAUGUUUUGAUUCAUACUCAAUGGGAUGGGGUAAAGUUGCAGAUAUGACGACUUCUUCUAAUCAAUUAAUUGGAGCUAGUUAUAGCCAGAGUAAUGUGUCACUCUUUGUUGUAGAUUUAGCCAGAACUAAUAUGUCGGGUGAUAUUUCACAUGUUGAACAACCAAGCAAACCCGUACAACAGCAAAUACCUUUCACUGCUAGUGGACAUCGAAAAAAUUUUGUAACAGAGCGACCACAUACACAGUGUAGCGGAGGUGAUCAAGGCGCUGAAAUGAAGACAGAGCCUGAAGAAGAACAGACACAAGACCAUGGAGAGGAUGAUCAAAGUCCAGCACAGAUAGAAAACCCAGACGACUAUAGAGAACUAUUUCAACCAAGGAAACACUUAGCUCGAUCUCCGCCAAAGGAGCCAUUCCCAGCACCUUUAGCCGAUCCAGUACCUGUGGCAGUUGUACCAGCUAACAACCAACAAAAUGUCACAAGACCGGUCACUCAAUCGGUCUCUAGACCAGUCACCCAAUCCGUCAGUCAAACACAUUCAUCACCACCAAGGCAAGAACCUGAAGCACCAGUGCAUCAGCCGCCACCUGCAGCACCAGUGCAUCAGCCGCCACCUGCAGCACAGCAUCAUCCAGUUUCUAAUGUCAUACCAUCUGACAGAGAUAAACCUGUAGGUUUAGAUAUGAAUGCUUUCCUUCCUAAACAGCCACAGCACAGUGUGGCUCCAUCAAGUUCUGUGAACAAUGCUAACAUAGGACCUCCUGAAGUUAGUGAAAGUGAGAUCAUCUCAGCAAUUGAAAAAGGUCAUGGGUCAAUGUGUUCAGUUCUCACAAGUAGGCAUAAAAAUCUUGAUGUUGUCAGGUCUAUAUGGACAUCAGGUGAAAUCAGGACUGCUCUAGAGUCUGCCAUCAAUAUGAAUGAUUUGGCAAUUAUAGUAGACUUACUCAAUGUUAUGUGUCUCAAAACGUCACUAUGGAAGCUAGAUCUUUGUGUUGUACUGCUACCAAAAAUAGAAGAGCUUGUUGAGAGUAAAUAUGAAAAUUAUAUUCUUACAAGUUGUCAAGCCAUUAAACUUAUCAUGAAGAGCUUUUCUCAACUUAUUAAAUCAAAUAUCACAUCUCCUCCGUUAUCAGGAGUAGAUAUUUCAAGAGAAGAACGGUACAACAAAUGCAAGAAAUGUUAUGAUAGCUUAGUAAAUAUUAGAUAUAUUAUAGAACAAAAGCAGCAUCUAGUUGGAAAGAUUGGCAGCACAUUCCGUGAAGUCAAACUGAUCCUCGGUGGACUUGACUCGUAAAGACUGCACACUGCGGUAAGAUGGAGAUAGAUGAUAAGAAGUCGUCAUCUAAAACCAUUUGAGAGCUCAUCUGCUAUGAUGUCAAGCUUGUACAGAGCAUACAACUUGAGUGUGUGGUAUGAACAGAUAACAUAUAGCAUUGCUGCUUGUGAUGGGAUAUGUUGUAAUUACUAUGUGGGUAGUGCUUGUACAUGAAACUUGGACAACACUUGUGAUAUUCCAGAUUGUAAAUUUAUAAGUUUCUACAGUGGUACAAGCUUAAAUACAUUUUACAUUUUGAAAAUUAAAGUGAUAAGG